AUGGAGGAUCGAAGCUCGUAUGUCAGUGACGUGCUGCCAGCCUCGGGCACUGGACAGCACGAAGGGCUCAAUGUAGCGCCACUUUGGACUAUGAUGCACCGGAUGGUCCCCCCUCUACCGGACCCCAAGGCCCAACCCACGGCGUGGCAUUACCAGAGCAUGAAGCACGAGCUCCUAGCAGCAGUUGAUACUGUGGCUGCUGAGGACGCGGAGCGUCGAGUACUGGUUCUCGUCAACAGAUCCAUGGCUGCACCCUUUACAACUGACACCAUCUAUGCGGGUCUGCAGAUCGUUGCCCCAGGCGAAGUGGCUCCGGCGCACCGACACAGAGCGUUCGCACUGCGGUUCAUCAUUGAAGGCUCGCAAGGCUUUACUGCUGUCGAAGGCGAGAACAUGGAGAUGUUUCCAGGCGAUGUGAUCUUGACACCAAGCUGGACGUGGCACGAUCAUGGCAACAAGGGUGUUGAGCCUGUUAUCUGGCUGGACGGUUUAGACCUGCCUCUUUGGCAGUUUCUGCCGGCGAACUUCCUUCAGCAUUACGAAGAGUCGAGAUAUCCCAGCAGACCUGCACCGAACUCACACAACCGCUUCCCCUGGGACGCUGUUGCGAAGCAUCUGGAUCAGGACAAGAGUCUUCAUGCUCUUCAUCUGUACCGUCGCAGUGACGGGUUACACCUCUCUAAAACAGUUUCCGCGCAGGCGGAACGUGUAUCCGCUGGUCACACGACGGCCGUCAGCCAGGAAUGCUAUUCGUACGUGUACCAUGUCAAAUCUGGUCAAGGGUUCACGUCCAUUGCGAACGGCCGCACAAGUGAGGUUAGUGUCAUCGAGUGGAAAGCGAAGGACACAUUUGCUGUUCCCUGCUGGAGCAAGGUCACGCAUACUUGCACUUUGGAGUCUGGCAGUGCAUAUUUGUUUGCUAUCAACGAUAGGCCAAUCGUUGACGCAUUGACAUCGCCUUGUGGUUGA